GUUCACCCUCCAGUCAGUGAAGUGAAAGCAGAGAACCGAAACAACUGUAGCGAGUUGUCGGAUCACAUCCAGCAGUCAAGGCAUUAUAUUCUCAUGUAUUCAUAAUAGCCACAUGCCGCGGUUUCUUUAGACGGGGGAGAAACCCCUCAACCACUCAAUUUAUGAGUUUCUUGCCAUGGAGAAGUUUAUUCCAGAAGAGACAACUUCGAAUGGGAAACUGGAGAUUUUCUGACAAGUUUAAUUAUUUCCAGCAAAACUUUUCGAACUAAAAAAAAAUGGCUCACAGGAGACAUGCCCUCUUAUGCCUAUUUUUCUUCCGUUUAUGUUUCGACAUUUGUGAUGGACACUUUGCGGUCCCACUCAAAAUAUACCUUGGGAAGUUCAACUUUUCUCGGGAUGUAGACCUGACACCUCUGCAGCAAACACCAGGCGUGGGCGGAAAGCUGCUUUCCUUGGCCUCGGACCCCGCAGGUAUAGUCAACUUUUUAGAUAUGAUCAACAACUUGGAAGGCGACUCGGGGAGAGGCUACUACAUAGAGAUGUCCAUAGGCACCCCUGCUCAAAAGCUCAACAUCCUGGUAGACACGGGCAGCAGUAACUUUGCAGUGGCGUCAACCCCACACCCGUUUAUCACACACUACUUCAACACUAGCCUCUCCACAACCUUCGGGCCCACUGGCCGGACUGUUGCCGUCAGGUACACCCAGGGCAACUGGGAGGGCGGGCUAGGCAUAGACCGGGUCUCCAUCCCCAAGGGACCCAAUCAGACCAUCGUCAUCAACAUCGCUGCCAUCACCGCCUCCGAGGGAUUCUAUCUUCCCGGGGUGAACUGGCAAGGCAUUCUGGGAAUGGCGUACCCACUCCUGGCCCGGCCAGACUCCUCGGUGGAGCCCUUCUUCAACUCCGUAGUGCGGCAGACGGGCAUCCCGGACAUCUUCUCCCUCCAGAUGUGUGGCGCGGGGGUCUCUGCCGGCGGCGCCACCGACCCCCCCGGGGGCAGCCUGAUCAUGGGCGGGGCUGAGCCCACGCUGUACCGGGGCGUCAUGUGGUACACGCCCAUCAAGGAGGAGUGGUACUACCAGGUGGAGGUGUUGAAGCUGGAGGUGGGGGAGCAGGGUCUGAACCUGGACUGCAGCGAGUAUAACAUGGACAAAGCCAUCGUGGACAGUGGAACGACCCUGCUGCGACUUCCUGCCAAUGUGUUUAACGCGGUGGUGGACGCCAUCACGCGGACCUCUAUGAUCCAGGACUUCUCCUCUGGCUUCUGGGAGGGCACCAAGCUGGCCUGCUGGAUGAAGGGGGAGACACCCUGGAGGUUCUUCCCAAAGAUCUCCAUCUACCUGAGGGCCAGCAACACCAGCGAGUCCUUCCGCAUCACCAUCCUCCCACAGCUGUACAUUCAGCCAAUCACAGAUGUCGACAGCACGCUGGACUGCUUCCGCUUUGGCGUUUCCUCGUCGGCCAACGGCCUAGUGAUCGGGGCCACGGUCAUGGAGGGCUUCUACGUGGUGUUCGACCGCGCCCAGAAGAGGGUGGGCUUCGCCGUGAGCAGCUGUGCAGUGAGCGGGGGCGCGGCGCUGUCGGAGAUCGCCGGGCCCUUCUCGGCGUCCGACGUGGGGACGGACUGCGCCGGGGGGUCCCUGAACGAGCCCCUGCUGUGGGUCAUCUCCUACGCCAUGAUGGCCCUGUGCGCCGCCAUCCUCCUCACCCUGCUGCUGCUGCUGGUGACGCCUUGCCGCCGGCGCCACCGCUCGGGGGACAUCACGGACCAGUCGUCGCUGGUGCGCCACAGGAUCAAGUGACUGAGACGAGGGUCUGCCACCACCGGGACCUCCACCGGCAGCGGCCCCCCCGCCGCCACCCCCACCGUCACCACUGCCGCCGCCAAGCAGGGCCAGCAGCAGCAGGAGGCGGUGGCGGCGGCGGUGGCGGGGGCCCAGUUGGCGGAGCCCAGACGGCAGGGCGGCGGGGUGGCGGGCGGGGUCCGAGACCCCCGCCCCUCCCACCCUCUCGUUGGACCAUGACAAUCGGCCAGACUGUAGCUGGUACGCUGUUGGCAGACCUGGUUUCUAGUUCUCUUUUUCGGGACCCUUUCAGGGUCAAGCCAAACGCGUCACUUUGGACGACUUGUGAAAUCACUGAUUGUACCAUGAAGAAUAAUAUGCUAUAUGUGUAAGGGCUAAGAAUAAUAUUUUUGACAUGAAGGAGUCCAUUUAGUGCCUUGUAUUUAUAUACGUUUUCUAUUGUAAACAUCUUCCGGUGAGAUGCUUGUUACAGGCAUUGGGAUGAAAAAUCGAUGAUGUCUACACACUGCUUGUAAUACAUUUAGGUCCAAGUGCUCCUCUUGUGUGGAGGAAUUGAUCAAUGACUUGAGACUUAACUUAAUUGCACUUUGCAUUUAAUGCUGAUAACAUGGGUGUGGAGUCUCUGUAAUUCAGAGGAAUUUCUUUUUUAAUUUACAUUUUCACUUUAAUUGUACUAACACUGUGUGUGUAGAAUUUCAUAAUGAACUAUUUUGAUUGGUUUUUGGAGGUGACUAUGGCCCUUAAAUUCCCCACGGCAUAUUUGUACCAUAGUAAUUAUGCAAAUCACAAUUACAUGCCAAAGAAUGUGUUGAAAGCCGAUAAACAAAAAGCGUCCGGUUUGGGCAGCCAGGCCUGAUGCACUGAAAUGUUCAAAGCCACCGGCUCACUGUUAAGGACAGUGACCAGGUAUAGCUAUGUCUUUGCCACCAUGUUUCAGACCAGUUUUGCUUUUAGAAACAAUGAAUUCCGCACACUAAGUUUACAUUACCUUUGUAAAGUCCCUUAAAAAACAGGUCUUAACUGUAAUACCACAGCUAAGAUGGUGCAAUACAUCACAUGGGCAGCUUAACCGGCUUUGUGCAUUUGAUCAUGUGACCCGAGAAUGAGUUUGUGGAACACUAUGAAAUCCUAUUGUGUGCCAAAAGUAUGUUUUAAAACUUCACAACCAUUUGAGCAGGUCCAAUUUAAGUGUAGAGAGUGAGUUUCUUUCCUGUGCCGAAAUGAACACUUCAAUUAAAUAAAUAUGAGUAAACUGAA